AUGAUAAACUCUACUCAGGUUUUAUAUUUUGCACUUGUUGCCUACUUUGACACCGGGGCUUUCAAAUAUUUGUAUUUCAUGAUUGUUAUGGCUUUAUAUAUGUUAAUAGUUUGUACCAAUCUUUUGCUGAUUGUGGUUAUCUGUGUGAACAGAAGCUUACAUGAACCGAUGUACCUUUUUCUGUGCAGCCUGUUUGUAAAUGAACUGUAUGGUAGUACAGGGUUGUUUCCAUUCCUUCUGGUUCAGAUCCUCUCUGACAUUCACACUGUUUCUGCUUCUCUCUGUUUCCUGCAGAUUUAUUGUGUGCAUUUCUAUGGAAGUGUAGAAUUGUUUACCUUAGGAGUCAUGUCUUAUGACAGAUAUCUUGCUAUCUGUUAUCCUCUGCAAUAUCACACUCGUAUGACAUCUAACAAGGUUGCCGUGCUUAUUGCGUCCGUAUGGUUAUACAGUGUACUUGCAACAGUUGUCAUGAUGUCUCUGAGUGUCCCUUUACAGCUGUGUGGGAACACGAUUCAAAAAGUGUACUGUGACAACUACUCCAUUGUUAAACUGGCAUGCUCCGACACAACCGUCAAUAACAUAUAUGGACUUGUGUAUAUGUUUACUAUAAUAGUUGCUCUUAUAAUUCUCAUUCUUUACUCCUACAUGAGGAUUCUUAAAGUUUGUUUUUCUGGUUCUAAACAGACCAGACAGAAAGCUGUCAGUACCUGCACACCUCACCUUUUUUCCCUGCUCAACUUUUCUUUUGGGGCUUUCUUUGAAAUAGUGCAAGGCAGAUUUAAUAUGAACAGUUUACCCAUCAUGUUACGCAUUGUUCUGUCAUUGUACUGGCUUACGUGCCAGCCGCUCUUCAAUCCUGUAAUGUACGGACUAAAAAUGUCCAAAAUCCGUAACAUAUGUAGAAGUCUUGCUUUUGGUAAAAGAAUGUAGAACAGGCCUAUAGAGCUGGAAAAUGUUACCUAAAGUCACGAUUAAGUGAACA